AUGGCCACUGUCGACCUCAAUCUUCCGAUCUCUGAAAUUCUUCACAAAGGCACCGUGAAGAGUCACGACGAGGUCGCAAAGAGUCCCGGUGCCGCUGCCUUGGUGAACGCUGCACUCCCCCGCGAGGAGUACGUACGCUUCCUCAUGAUAUUGUGGCACAUCUAUGGCGCCAUCGAAGAAGCACUUGAACGCCAUGCGGCUAACACGGUUCUGCAACCUACAUAUAACCCUAUCCUCCUCGCCAGGAAGUCCAGUCUUUCUGCAGACAUUUCGGCCGUCCUCCAGGUUCCUGAAUCAUCAUGGCAGGCCCACCCCAUCUACACAAUCACAGACAUAGAAUCCACAGACCCGUCGCUACUACUAGCGCAUUCUUAUGCUCGCUAUCUUGGUGAUUUGAGCGGUGGUCAGGUCAUCAAGCACCGAACAGCCAAGGCCUACGGACUCGAUGAACAGUCGAAUAUCGGGCUUUCAUUCUACACAUUCCGCCAAUUAGGAUCGUCUGUGCCGGCCACGAGCCAAGGGGACAUGAAGAAGAUCAAAGUCUGGUUCAAGGCCGGGAUGGACGCUGGAGUGGGAGAUGAUACGAAACUCAAAGAGGCAUUGCUGCGUGAGGCGAAUACUGCGUUUGAGCUUAAUGCUGGCCUUUUGAAUGACCUUUCUAUCGAUGAGAAGCUGCAACAGCCUGUUGUCCCCAUACUCCAGCCCGUGCCUGCGGAGAAGACAUACUCAAUAGCCACCGUCUUUUCAGUCAUCACCGCCAUUUGCUUGGCCCACUUUUUGUUGGUAAUUGGGGGAUUCACAGGGGCCAAGGGCUACUCGAAGCUGCUCGCUGCCGAGCAGUGGGUGGCAUCGCUUUUGUCGUGA